ACUGUUUAUUACAUUACCUGUGAUAUUUUGCAUCCGUUUUGAUUAUUUGAUGAAAUUGCAAGUACAAGAACUGCGCUUGCAAAUAGUAUUACAAUAAGAUUUAAAAUAAUAAAUAGUUUUGUAAACCGCAUAAAUUAAUUAAGCAGUUAUGUCAUAUCAACUGUAUAGAAAUACGACAAUUGGAAAUACAUUACAGGAAAGCCUUGAGGAAUUAAUACAGUAUGGUCAAAUAACACACUCACUGGCUUUAAAAGUCAUGUUACAGUUCGAUAGAUCUAUAAAUCAAGCCUUAUCCAACAGAGUAAAGUCUAGACUAACUUUUAAGGCAGGAAAGCUAAAUACUUAUAGGUUUUGUGAUAAUGUAUGGACAUUUAUGUUAAAUGAUGUAGAGUUUAGGGAAGUUCAAGAAGUUGCUAAGGUGGAUAAAGUAAAAAUUGUUGCUUGUGAUGGUAAAAGUAAGUAUUGCAUGUAUUUAUACUAUAUAUACUUUUAUGCUACUGGUAGCUUUUUACUGGUGGUAGAGCUUUGUGCAAGCUCGUCUGGGUAGGUACCACCCACUCAUCAGAUAUUCUACCGCAAAACAGCAGUACUUGGUAUUGUUGUGUUCCGGUUUGAAGGGUGAGUGAGCCAGUGUAAUUACAGGCACAAGGGACAUAACAUCUUAGUUCCCAAGGUUGGUGGCGCAUUGGUGAUGUAAGCGAUGGUUAACAUUUUUUACAUUGCCAAUGUCUAAGGGCGUUUGGUGACCACUUACCAUCAGGUGGCCCAAAUGCUCGUCCGCCUUCCUAUACUAUAAAAAAAAAAAAAAAAAGGCUGUAAUUUGUCUGGCGUGUGACGAUAUUAAUGAUAAUUAUUUCGAAU